AUGAAUAUCAAUGCCAGACCCACUUUUUUGCAGAAGCCACUAAGGCCCUUCUACAAGAAAUCAGCAACUGAGCACGAGCCAACCUGGAGAGAAAGAAGAGAGUUUGUUCAUUUCUUGAUCCAUGAGUCUAACAUCUCUCCCCAAGCUAAGGUCUAUUUAAAAGAGUGUGAAGAUUGGGUUCCAAGGUACUAGAUGCGUGGUCUUAAAUACGGUAUUACUGUCAGCUCAAUAGUUUAUCUAUUCUUCCCAGUUAUUCGCAGACAACCUUUCUUGAGAAGAUUUGCUUUCUCAAUGCUACCAAUGUACUAUUUCAUGAACUGGGGCUAUGUUUGGGGUCAUGAAAACUACUGGAGAAGAGUGAAGGAAGUGUCUGUUACAUAUGAAAUCUUUGCUGGUACAAGAAGCAAGUUCACCACGAAAUGA